GCGGAACAAUCUCAGGCAGGGCUCGCCUCGCUGGUGACAUCACUGCCGAAGAUACUCCCCACUCUCAGUGCCUGCCUUCACGAGGCAUCCGUCCGUUUGUCCGUUUCCUUCCGUCCGCUGCUGGAGAGGGCUCAUCGGCGGCCGCCGGGGACAGAGCCGGGCACCCAGGAGCCACAGGACCUGGAGGAGGAGGGAGAGCAAAGGCAGCGAGGGUAGGAGGACCCCGGCAGGCGACAGCAUGAAAUUCAGCCCAGCGCACUACUUGCUGCCUCUCCUGCCGGCGCUGGUCCUCAGCACCAGACAGGACUAUGAAGAUCUAGAAAAGCAGCUGAAAGAAGUCUUUAAGGAGCGAAGCAACAUCCUCCAUCAGCUGACAAAGACAUCAAGAGAACUUGAUGGAAUUAAAGUCAACCUUCAGUCUUUGAAAAACGAUGAGAAAACUUCCAAAACUGAUGUUCAGAGGCUUCUGGAAAUAGGUCAGAGACAAAGAGAACAAAUGAAGUCUCUCCAGGAGGUCCUGCAAAAUCAACUUAAAGAGACAUCUGAGAAAGCAGAAAAACAACAAGCUACUAUUAAUUUUUUAAAGACUGAAAUGGAAAGAAAGAGCAAAAUGAUCCGAGAUCUCCAGAAUGAGAAUAAAAGCUUGAAGAACAAACUCUUAUCAGGAAGCAAGCUGUGUGGCAUCCAUGCAGAAGAGUCAAAAAAAAUCCAAGCCCAGCUGAAGGAGCUUCGUUAUGGGAAGAAGGAUUUAUUAUUUAAGGCCCAACAACUUACUGAUCUGGAACGAAAAUUAGCUGUGGCCAAAAUUGAGCUGGAGAAAGCAGCUCUUGACCGGGAUUCACAGCUGAAAGCAAUGAAAGAGACCGUCCAUCUCUGCCUGUCGACUGUGUUCCGUAAUCAACCACCUCCCCCUUUGAGUCUAGCCAGGACCAAUCCAACUCAGAUGUCAGUUCCGCCCUGGACAAUUGGCAGGAUGGUUCCUGAUGCAAGGCCCAAAAUCAAGCCUCAAGAAACCUUUCCUGGAAGCAAUGAAAGCUCUCAAAUUAAGACAGCAAAGGAAGAAAAUCCAAACACUACCGAGUGCAAUCCUCUAAAUCUUUUACAAGAGGGCAGGACCUGUUCAAUGAAGCACAAUGACAGUCCUCCAACCAAUGCUACAACAGAACCAGUGACUACCCCACAGAAAUUGCAAAUCCUUCCUUGUACUGAAUGUGAGGUGAAAAAAACCCCGGAAAAACAAUUGGCCAACUUUGAAGGGAGGGCAACUAGAGAAGAAAAAAUACUGUAAAUAUCAAGAAACUGUGUUAAAAACAUCCACUUAUGAUUAUCUUCAUACUCUUUUUCAACCACAGGCUUGAUGGAAAUACUAAGUUUUUAAAGCAUGCAACUUUUUCACAAUUUUAUGUAACUUUAUAUAGUCUACAAAUUUUCCAAAAGAUUCCAGGUCAAUUAUGAUCCUUGAGCAAUAACCUAAUUAAAAUGGAUAUCCACAGUCUUAAAUAGUCAUUAUUAUCAGUAAAUUGCCCAGUAUAGAUUGUUCAGUUUUGAAAUCAAACACAGUAUGACAUUUAAUUCUUCUGGUUCAUUGGCUAUCUAGUACUUUUAUCACCUAGUUUUGAAAUUAAUUGGAGGAUGAUAAAAUUUUGUGGGCCCUUGGCAUUCUUACAAUCCAAAUUGCAACCAUAUCAUAAAGAUUUGUUCACAUUGGCCAAUGGGAGUCACUUUCUUUAAGGUUGGAAUCUGGGUCAACCUGAACAUAUUAUUUAUAUGGGGGUGUUAUUGCUAUACUUUGUAUUAUUUAGAACCAUGUCUAAAUGAUGUCAAGACAAUUCUUUCAGAUUUUUAGUCAAUAAAAUUCACAAAAUGUGUUUGGUGUAAUGUAGACAAAAUAUCUUGAUGAAUGACCAAAUUUCUGACAUAAUUGAUGAGUUUUUUUGGCAUUCUAUAGACACAUCCCUAUGGUGGUGUGCUGGAAUUACUCCAAGUUAGGAAAUGAGUUCUUUGAAAUGCCUAGCAAGAUUUUUUUUUCUAUGAAAUUGAAUGUGGAAUGACAAGAGGAUUGCAAAACACAAAUAUGCAAGCAGACAAUAUACAUUUAAAAAUAAGGAUUUCAUGAAAGUAAAACAGCCACAUAUAACCAAUAAACCCAGAUUUGUAUAUUUUGAUAACAAAAGUAUUAUUAAAACAAGGCAGUGGCUGUGAUCACCUUUGAAGUUGGAUCUCUACAUAGGAAUACCACUAAUCAAAUGAAUGCACUCCUGAAUAAUCUGAAUGUAGCUCAAAAGCAGCAGGAAUUGAUACCUGAAUCCUAUUUGAUUCAUAGGAUUGAUACAGCAUCGAACUUAAAGACUCAAGUUAAUGGGUUAAAUGAUACAGUUAGGUUGUCUGCACUGAAUAGAUUCACUUCUGCUGGAUAGAUCCAUUUUGCAAAUGCACAAAGUAUAUAAAACUGUUGGUUUUAUAGAGUGGCUCUGCCAAGCCACAAUUAAUUAAUAUAUUUGGAGCACUGUGUCCUGGCAUGCUGUCAUGAAGAUAUUGUUACUUGAAGAGAGAAGGGAAGGAGGUAGGAAGGGGAAGAAGGAAGGGAAGGAAGGAAGGAAGGAAGGAAGGAAGGAAGGAAGGAAGGAAGGAAGGAAGGAAAGAAGAAGAAGGGAGGGGAAGAAGGAAGGGAAUUUGUAAUCAAUAGAUGGACUUAAAUUCUGAUACAUAAUGGCACACCUAUGAUCACAGUGACAUAUUCCAAGAAGUUUAGUAAUCUGGAAAAAUGGCAAACUAUCAUUAAUAGUAUUAAGUAUUAUUUAAUAUAAUCAUGUAGCAAUUAUACUUGCGGAGUAAUUCAGUGUCAUUCAUCAGUAUUAUUUUUUUGGAUUAUGGGCUACUUGAGAAGAAAAGAGAAUGUACUGAUAGAUGGUCCAUUAGAGGUUUCAGAUGAAGUGACCAGGAUACAAGAAAAAAAUCAAGGUCUAAAGUUCCUACUGACUCCUCAGCUCUAAAACUCAUUUAAUCCUAUGAGAUGGAAUAUUGCUAAUUUCUGAGUUCUGUUCCUAUAAUUUCCCCACUGAGCCCUAGUAUCCCUAACCUACUCAAAGAGAAACAGAUAAUUUAGUUUUCAUUUAGGUUCACUUCCCCUCUCCCACCCUGUGCUCCAAUUUCUCUCCUGGACUCUAUGGACCCUAUCGAAAGUUAAUCACCAUUUUACCUUACAUAUGUUUUGAGGCAUCUUUGGAACUAAUGAAAAGAGAAUCAAGCUGAUAUGUUCUGAAAUUUUUAUAAGAUGCUAGAAGAUGAGAAUUUGGCUUAAUAUAAAUCAAAUUCAAACAGCUUCAUUUGUAAAAUUUUCUUGUGCUCUAAAUCUCUAGUGUGUGACAGUAAUCAAUCAAUUUCUCUUAAUUACUGGCAUGAUCAAGUGGGCUUUACAUGAGCAUAAUGUAUUGAUAUUUUUCUUUAAGAAUAUAUAGCACCAUGCAUCCUACACAGUUACUGUGGUCUAUUCAUUGCAUUAUUUGUUUCAAAACAAAAAAAAGAAUUGCAGCAGAACUCCUUUAUAAAUAUUUAGAAAUAUUCUGGGAGUUCCUUUUAAUAGUCAAGCAUGGAAUUUCUUUUUUCUUAGUAUGUUAUGUGACUUUUACAAACACAUUUUAUUUCUCUCAAUUCUUUAAUUGCUUUAAAAUAGCAUCAGAAAGGCUUAAAUGCUUUACUUACAUGUGUGACUUUGUCCGUUAAGGAGAUGACAUUCCUUAUUAUUUAUUUUAGUUAACAGCUACAUAAAUUGAUGUUGUUUUUGAGAAGUUAACAUUCCUAGCCUGACUACCCUCAUGGGGAAGAACAUAUUAACCUAAAUAUUCAAUUUAGAUCCUAUAACUGUGCCUAUAAUGGUAAACAGUGAAAGGUCACUUAACCUUAGCAGAAUAUGAAUGGACCCCUAUUGAGAAAUAAAAAUCUUUUCCAAUGGAAUAACUUGUUUUAAUAUAGGUCCUAACAAAACUAACAAAAACAUAUUUCUCUAGUUGUUUUUAAAUACUAAUCAAUGCUAUAUAUUCAAAGUUAGGAAUUUGUUUCAGACUUUGUUGUUUCCUUUUAUAUGCAUUAACUAUGUAAUGGGUGAGUGCCUAAAAUGUGUAAGACCUAACUGAAUGCUGUCUAUCCAAUGCCAACAUGCUCAGAAACAAAGUGAAUAAUUUAGUAACUCAUCUAGAUGUGGUUUUCUGUGUGAUCUUAAUUCUCUGACUACUGAAUAUACUAGAUGGCUACCUUUUUUAAUUUUUAAGCAGAUAUUUAGCAUUAUAGUGUUAUUUCAGACGCGGUUCUAUUUCAUAAAGUAUACUGGAUUACAAUUCUAAGACAGUUAUAUGAGAAGCGGACCUUUACUGUUUUAGAUUACAAUGUGGAUAGCAGAUUAAAAUAACUCUUUGCGAACUCGGCUAUAAUGGAAUCUUAUUUUUAUAGCUCAGGUACUGUAAUUAGCACUAAUUGGAAGCAGAGGCUAAAAUUAUUAUUGACACCAUAGAGUAAUGUAAGCUGGCCAGACCUGGAGAGUUAUGAAAACAUAUACUUGUUCACUUACGGGACAUGUCAUAUGUACAGUCUUAAAUUUCCCCAAACUAUCUGUUGGAUUAUGUUACAUAAUAUUAAUGGUCAAUGAUGAAGAAUAAAAGAUACUGAAAGAUGGCCUAUUUUUGCUCAAUAAAGAUUUGUUACCAAGACUA